AUGAUAUCACCGUUGUGCUCAGCGAAGCGCUUUAUUGGCCAUAAUCCCGACGAGGGUCUUGUCCAUCUUAUUGGCUUCUGGAUCAAAUCAGCGUUUCGCUUAGUUGGCCUUGACCCUAACAAGAGAAAACCGAAUGCUUCACCAAAGAAAGAUCAAACUAGAUCUGAUACGAGCGCCGCAAAAACAGCGAGUUGCUUACCAAAACCCAAUCACGACGACCCUGAUUUGACUAAUCUUCUCAAGUUUCUCGAUCGGAAAAGGCGUCUUGAGGUUGAGAUCGAGAUUCUCGAGGAAAUGUCGCGCGGUAGUGAGGCUAGGAUAGCGUUCCUUAGUUCAGAAUAUAGCAAUCGAGGAUAUGGCUCCGCUUUGGAGGGUUCAUACAGUGCACGACUGUUAGCUGCUAUCUAA